AUGGCUAUCUGCAUCACCUUUGGCACACACGAAUUCUCGUCCAUGCUGGAGGGGUAUGAGAAUGUCCGCGCAUACUGCUACAACUGCCAGCACUGGAAUGGACAUUGUCGGACUCGGUGGCCGUGGUUUACCGUCUGCUUUGUUGCUAACUCCCACCAGGAAGUCACAUGCUACACAUGUCGCUACACCCAAGAUCUACGGGACCGUCCCGACAUCACACCGGACACAAGACCACCCCCCGGCAUUAUGCCUGGUCCGGCGCCGCCGCCGCAGGCCUACUUCGGGUAUCCGCAGGGCGGCGCUCCUCCGCAGCAGUACGCGUCGCCGCCGCCCCAGCAAAACUACAGCUACAAGUAG